AUGGUGGAGGCAAAUAAUCAAAGGUGUUGUGUUUCUCCCCCCGUUCAUUACUGCCGCAAGUUGGGGCUCUUCGAAGACCGCCGGUUCCCGGUGGGAGUGGUCCAUGAAAAAUGUGCAGAAUUUUCUCAGCUAUCUUUCUACAAACUGGCUCGCGAGGCCCUUUUAAGGAUAUGUGGUGCAAAUGGAAAGUGGAGGGAACUGCGCACCACGAACUUGGCCGAAGCUUUUCAUAGACGGCUCGGUAUCCUCAUGGAGUACACCAUCCUCCGUUGA